UUUCUUUCUCAAUUCAAGGAAAGAGGAAGGAGGGCUGAACAGCUUCUCUUGAUUGAUUCAGAAGGAAAAAGGUCCGAUCGAAGCACCUGAGACUCAGACGUCAUUUAGUGGGUGGCGCCCCGGAGGUCCCUCCCUAUAUAUGGGCGCGGAGGGCUGAUGGUUAAAGCGAUAAAAUUAGUAAAUUUCUAGUGUGGAGGACUCUCGCGACUAAGAAGAUCGCAGUCAUGAGGAUCACAGGAGUCUUCCUGUUGCUCUUAGCGACUUUUCUCUGCUUCUCCGACCUUGCCGGAGCCCUGGGAGAGGGGAGAGAGCCUGACUGUAAAACUCCACUGGCAAAGUGCACCAAGAUCUAUGAGCCCGUGUGCGGGUCGGAUGGAGAGACUUAUGCCAACGAAUGCCUGCUCUGUGAGGCCAACAAGCCUAGGAAGGAGCACGUCCUCGUUCGGAAAUCCGGGAAGUGCUGAAGACCCAGAUGGAGGAUCGGGGAUGGCGGAGAGAAGCCCGGCGCCUUCUGAGUCGUAACUCAACCCGCCUGGUGGUUUAAUAAAGGCAGGGAUGCGGCCCAGG